UCUGCGUUUCUAAUAAAAAGACAGAAGCACUUAAUCGGAAAAAAUAAAACAGAAAAUUUCAUAUUUUGUGGGACGUUGAUGGAUUACUAGUACUUGUUGUUAUAAUACAGAAGUAGUAGAACUUCGAAGUUAUAAACAUUUUUAAAAAAAUGUGAAACGAAUGGAAACGUUAUACAGGUUCAUACAGGUUGAACAUGUUUAAAAUAAAACAAACUAUAUUGUUAUAUUAAACGUUUUAACUAAACAAAUACCGUAAACAUGUCAAAGAAACUUCGGGACUUUAUAGAACUUUUGUCCAAGGACGUAGAAAGGCGGGAUGACGUUGACGUGGGAUCUUACGUUACGUGGCUUAGACGUCGCAUCAUUUUGCUGAGAAACAUCGACACACUACCGGUGAAGCAGAUCAUUCGGCAUGCUAGCCACGAGCAGUGCUCAAGAGACGACCUCCUGGUCAAACAAGGAAAACAAAGGGACAGCUCUGAGCAUCUGCGCUUCUUUGUGAUUCUACGCGGCUCUGUUUCGAUCUACGUGAACCCGUUAAAAAUGCAAGGUGAACCUAGGCGGAGGUCAAACAGUUCUUUCGAGCACGUGCUUUAUGCCGCCUCAUUAGGGGAUCGCUACCUCGGAGAACCCCGGCUGGCCUCAGGAGCUUCUAGACGGACCAGCCAGUCUGUGGUCUCUCAGCCGUACGGCGCUCUAACGGAACACUCUGAAAGUGACGCCAGCGAUUCUGACUCCAAUUCGAUCAAUGGCAAAAAAACGCCGUUGGAAAAGGUUGAUACAGUGAAUACAGAAAAGUCGGAGGAGGAUAGCGCCACUCCUGGCGAAUCUAGGCUCGAUCUUGAAAACGUCAGCCGCGAGCAGACUGCAACUCCUAAAUCAAAGACAUCUAAAGCUUCCAAAGGCUCCAGGCGGACAAUUAGAGGAAAACUUGGAAACUUUGUUGUUAAAUAUGUUCCAGUUUCCAUUGUCUGCAUUAUCUCGGACCAGAAAGGCAAAUAUUUCGACGAAGAGUCACUUCUGGAUGUAGAUGGAGUAUACAACGCAACGGUAGUCGUCGACGAGGACUCAGACCUAAUGCUGCUCAAUGAGGACAUAUUCAAUGAGUUUGUAAAGGAGCACCAUGAAAAGGAAGCGACCACCAUGUCCAACUUCGUGGACCUCCAUCCGUUCUUCAGUAGCCUUCCCUUGCACACUCGAGGGGUGCUACAAAUCAGCCUGAAAAACGAGCACUACGAAGCGGGAAAAUACAUCGUGAAACAGGGAGAUCACAUACACAAACUUGCCUUCCUUGUCAGCGGCAGCGCCGAAGUGAUCAUUGAGCCAUCACAGCACAAAAGCCAAUAUCCGGACUACUGGCCCUUCGAAGCGAACAGCGACGUAUACUAUAAAGAGUGCGAUUGGUUACGGGAAUCACGUAAGAGAUUUUACAGCCGGAAAUAUGAAUAUGCUGGCGAAGUAUCGAGGCGGACGGCACGUGAAGCGGUUGGAAAGCGCCCGGAAAUCAGCGUGUGUGCGGUCCAGAAUCGGGAAGUGAUUGGGAUCACUGAGAUCAUGCUGAAACUACACACCCACAUGAGCAGUCUGAGAUGCCUGCAUGAUUGUGAUGUUUACACGCUGAGUUUGAAACCCUUCCGUCGAACAGUGAAGCGAUUCCCGAAUAUUGGCGAUAUGAUCUGGUCGUACAUACACAUGAAGCUGCAGUACAGGUUGGACAACAGUCUUGGGGACCAGGUUCCGCUACUGUAUGCGCUAAAGGUUCUCGUCGAGAGGAAGAUACGAGAGAAAACCACUAGAGCGGCUGUGACUCUCAAUGUGGAAAGAAUGCGACAACGUGAACAUGAAAUGUUGGAGUUGCUAGGGUGGUUUAAACAGGACAAGUCCUCGCUGGCUCCACACUUCGAUCCGAAGGCGAUAGGAUACAAGGAAAGGAUGAAGGACAAAGCACGGCUUAGAAAAAGUAUUCGAGACCGAACGGUAGAGUUUGGCUCCCCGCACAAGCAAUAUGUACGCACAGGGUGCAUGGCUGCCAUAAAGAUUGAUAGGGAACCGCGUAGUCUUCUGCAGCUAAGGGACCCUUUGUGCGAACUUAUGCUGAAACUACGCAUGGAGGGAACAUUCGUAUCCAGCCAAAAAGAACUGGAGGAGAUGAUUAUGAGGUUUUCGGUCACACCAGCGUUCAUCGACUACGACGUGUCACAACAGGCCAGCCGGGUUGUGGAUGAGGAAUACAACCUCCUUAGAUACCGUCGCCAUGGAAACAGGCUUGUUACGAACUUUGCGAAAAUGUUGGCAAAACGGGACCCGCGAAUGUUGUUAAAAGAAAAAAAUGAUCAUUCUAUUCUCAUGGAGGACAGUGCAUUGUCUGACGGUGACGAGCUGGACGAUAUUCCCGAGGAAGAGUACAUGUUCGAGAGGUUCAACCAGGCCUUCACCAGCACCCGGCCACCAACCUUCGCAACCAUACACAGGAGCCGUCCAACUACGUUCAGAACGCAGAAAAGUAGGCCGACCACGAACAAAAGCAUGGCCAGCACAAACACAUAUAAGACAUUGCAGUUUGAUCGACGGAGUGUUACGCCUAACACACUUGACCAUCGCAUACGUGCGUUUCACUUCAAGUAUGGAGGCACAGAGUCUGAAGUGGACCAAUUACCAAUCAUGAAAAAUCACAGAGACGUGGAGAUAAACCCCGAGGAACCGCCGAUGCCAGGAGGGAAAGUAUUUGUGACCACUCUGCCCUGUGUGUCAUGCAAGAAAAACGUGCUGCUCAAGAACCAUACACAUAUACGAUGUCAAAUGCUGCAUGAACUACCUAUGAACAAGGUCAAGGGCGAUCCGCCAUUUUAAAUGAGUACUUUGAGUCUCAGUGCCUUAUCAAGAUUGACCUUUUAACUGCGCUCGCGAUAGAGAAAUGUCUUUGUUCUAUAAAAUUACUGAAACAAACGCUUGCUAUACGUGCAGUGUUUAUAUUGGACAAUUGAAAAACAUCGGUUACAAAUAUACCAUACCAAACGCUGACGUAUAUAUGCGUCUUUCUAUUUCCUUGUGAUGUUUGUGUGUGUGCGUGCGUGCGUGCGAGCGUGCGGUGCGAUGCGUGUGUUU